AUGGCUGAACAAGAGUCUGCUACAACACCUAUGUCAAAAGCUGAUUCUGUGGAAAAUAUGACCAGUAUCAAUUUGGAUACUGCGACUGCAGUUCAAUCGCAAGCUUCUACAGAAGAGAAGAAGAUGGACUAUGAUAAUGAGGCACAAAAACUAGAGGAUAAAGCCUUAGUCUUUUUGAUUAAACAAUCUCGUCCAGUCAUGAUACCAGACUUUGCAAAAUGGUUUGAUAUCAACAAGAUUCAUGAGAUUGAAAAAAAAUCCUUACCUGAAUUCUUUAACGAAACUUCAAGGUUCAAAACUGAAAAAGCUUAUAAAGACACUAGAAAUUUCAUCAUUAACACAUAUAGGCUCUCUCCGUUUGAAUAUUUAACAAUGACUUCAGUCAGAAGAAAUAUUGCAAUGGAUAUUUCUUCAAUUUAUAAGAUUUUUAAAUUCGUUGAAAAAUGGGGGCUCAUUAACUAUAGAAUAGAUCCAAGAUCAAAAUCGUCGAUAAUGGGACCAAGCUUUACAGGUCAUUUCAAAGUUCUAUUGGAUACACCAGAUGGAUUGAAACCUCACGUUCCUAUGGCAUCGGAAGUUUCGAAGAAAAGAACAAGAGAUGACAUAGAAUAUCUGGACUCAUUGACAAACAAUAAUCUAGCAAUUAGGAAAAACAUUUAUGAUGAAUUACAAGAUUUCAAUUCAUUCAAGUCGGCAGAUAAAUCUUCCACUCAAAUACAUAGAACAUUCAUUUGUCAUGUUUGCAGCAAUGACUCUAUCGACGUUUAUUACCAUAACUUACGUUUAAGAGAAGCAAACCUUUGCGUGAACUGUUAUGAAAUAAAUCAUUUCACAGAUAACUUCAAUAAAGAAGAUUAUGUGAAACUAGAUAUCAACGCACAGCCUGAUACGAAUUGGUCUGAUCAAGAGGUGGUUCUUCUAUUGGAAGGUUUAGAGAUGUAUGAAAACGAUUGGGACAAGAUAAUUAAACACAUUGCAAAUAAUAAAACAAUUGAACAAUGUAUCGAGAAGUAUAUAAGCUUACCAAUAGAUGAUAAAGAUUUAAAAGAAUUUGUUAGAAGAAUGAAAGCAAAACAAAUAGCACAAAAUGAAAAAUUAGAUACAAAAAAAACUCCUUUAGAUGAUGAAAAACUAAGAUUAAUUACAAAGACAAUUAAUUCACUGAAAUUAUCUCUUGAGAAGAACAUAGAUGAAAAAUCAGCUAGGGACGACGAAAAGACAAACGAAUUGAUUAAAGAAUCACAACCUGUGAUUGAAGAAUUGAAAAAUACAGCGUUAUCUAAAAUAGAUACAGAAUUCAAAAAAUUAUACGAAUUAGAAAGAAAAUUGAAAAUGUCAUUAGAUUCAUAUACAAAAGAACAUGAAAAUCUAACAAACGAUAGAAUGAUGUUAUCGAAACAAAUACUAUCAAUUAAUAAAGAAUUGUCAAAUUCCAAUGUAGAGAAAAAAAUAAUAUUGACUAGUUCCAGUUCCAAUGGCAUUCAAAUUAAAUUGUUAAAUAAACAAAAUGAAAUAAAUGAAAAUAAACAAAAGCUAGAAAAGCUGAAAGCCACGGAAAUCGAAUCAAUAUCACAUUCAGAUAUAAAAAAGUAUGCAGUUGUAUCAUUAUAA